GAAAUAUAUGACAUAUUUUCAAAAUUUGGAUCAAAAUUCAAAAUAUCAAAAAAUGGAAAUUUGGAAAAAAAUUAAAAUUAGUCAAGUGAAUAUCGCGCAUAUUGUUAAUAAUUGAUUUGAAUGAAUAACUUUUUGAGACAAACAUUUCUGAGAAUAUUUGCUAGCAUUCCAAAAAAAAAGCCAAAAAUCAUGAAGAAUUUAGCAGUAUUCGAUUUUGACCAUACCAUAAUUGAUGACAAUUCUGACACUGCUGUAAUGAAAUUGGUAGAUAAAAGCAAAUUCAGUCCACAACUAAAAGAAUUACAUAAGGAAGAAGGAUGGACAGCGUUUAUGCAGGGAGUUUUCGAUGUGCUUCAUGAAAACCGCAAAACAGAAUUGGACAUUUCCAAAUUAAUUGAAAAUAUCUCAGAAGUUAGUGGCGUUAAAAAUCUUAUCAUUGAACUGCACGACAACAUGGAUUAUGAUGUAAUAAUAAUUAGUGAUUCUAAUACAUAUUUCAUUGAGCACUGGCUCCAACAAAAUAAUUUAUCUUCGAAAAUAUUAAAAGUUUUUUCUAAUCCCGCGGAAUUUGACCAGAAUGGUCUUUUGAAAGUAGAAAUGUACCACAUUCAAGACUCUUGCAAACUUAGUACAAGGAAUAUGUGCAAGGGAAUGAUCAUGGAAGAUUUUAUCAAGGCCCAAAGCAAACUAGGAAUUAUUUAUAACAAAAUUGCCUAUGUUGGAGAUGGACAAAAUGAUUUUUGCCCUAUUUUAAGACUGAAUGACAACGGGAUAGCUUGUUGUAGGGACAAUUUCAAGUGUGUGGAGCUUGUCAAGAAAGCACAAAAGGAUUGUCCCAUAAACGAGAAUGAUAAAACAAAAUAUAAGAUUAAAGCUCAGUUAUGUGUUUGGCAAAAUGGUCAAGAUAUUUUAGAUUUUUUGAGAAAAUCAAUUUGAUAAUAAACUGCUAUGAUAUUUUAUUUUCUGUGAUAAUAAAUGUCCUAUUCGAAUAAUUUCAAUUCAAUUCAAUUUAUUCAUCAGCAAAUACCUAUUGAAAAUCAUUUACAAUAAGUU